ACAGCUCUCGGGUUUCUGCUGAUACUGCAGCGUCGAGAAAUGGCUCGAGUUUGCUCCUUGCGCUUAUGCAUGCAGCAGCCCUCUCGCUCCUGCCACGCGCGUCCAGCUCCUGCCUCCUCCUCCUCCUCCUCCUCCUCCUCCUCCUCCUCCUCCUCCUCCUGCUGCUGCUGCUGCUGCUGCUGCCGGGACGAGCCAAGACCGACGCCGGGGAUGCAGCUGCAGGACUGCGGCUCUCUUACAUCCCCCCAGCCGCCGCUGCCGCGCUCCCGGCUCCUUUUCCAGCUAUCUUAAAGGAGGAGAGCAGGAGAGCCGGCGGCUAUCUAGGACUCCUUUUCAAUUUUAUUCACCUAACUCAAGCCAUUUGAAAAGGGCACUUUGCACUCUUUACCCCCACCCCCCACUGCGGUUCUCGGCGGAAACUAAUUAAACCCACUCGCCCUUGGUGAAGCCUAAGACAAUGUAUGAAUAUUUCAGUGUCUCGCCGGCAGCCCUGUAAAGCGAUCGCUGUGUUAUUAAGAGGGGGGCAAGAGGAGGAGGAGGAGGGUUGAGUUUGCCGCUGCGGUUUUUGUUUUGGUUUGGUUUUUUUGGAUGCUGCUGCAAGGCGACUUGACGCAUUCCGGCACUGGCUGCUACUCCUAACCAGCGCAUCUCACUCGGAGCAGCAGCUACGGCGAUGGUCGAGUCGGCGAGAAAAGUGGACGGAUCGAGUUAAAGGCAAAAGGAGACGGCUGGGGAGGGGACCCCAGCCUGGGGGUGCACUCCAUAAGACCUUCAGCCUCCUGGCUUGGGGAACAGGACCCCUCACCUUACCUGCCCUCUUCCCCCCCUAAAGUGAUGGCUGGAGAGAACAUGGAUGAGACUUCUGCGCUACCUGGCCACCCCCAGGAUAGCUACCAGCCCGCUGCCCACGAUGACCAUGAGUGCUGUGAGCGCGUAGUGAUAAACAUUGCUGGACUCCGCUUUGAGACGCAGCUGAAGACCUUAGCCCAGUUCCCCAACACUCUGCUGGGCAACCCCAAGAAGCGCAUGCGGUACUUUGACCCCUUGCGCAACGAGUACUUCUUUGACCGGAAUCGGCCCAGUUUUGAUGCCAUCCUCUACUACUAUCAGUCUGGGGGACGGCUCCGCCGGCCGGUCAAUGUGCCCUUGGACAUGUUCUCUGAGGAGAUCAAAUUUUAUGAGCUGGGUGAGGAGGCCAUGGAGAAGUUCCGGGAAGAUGAAGGAUUCAUCAAAGAUGAGGAGAGACCUUUGCCGGAGGGGGAGUACCAGCGCCAAGUAUGGCUCCUCUUUGAAUACCCAGAGAGCUCUGGGCCUGCAAGGGUCAUUGCAAUAGUCUCCGUCAUGGUGAUACUCAUCUCCAUCGUGAUCUUCUGCCUAGAGACAUUACCUGAGCUGAAGGAGGACAAGGAGUAUACAGUGCAUCGCACUGACAACACCACCCAGGUCUACAAAUCCAACAUCUUCACAGAUCCCUUCUUUGUUGUGGAGACCCUAUGCAUCAUCUGGUUCUCCUUUGAGCUGGUGGUGCGCUUCUUUGCUUGCCCCAGCAAGACUGAAUUCUUCAAGAAUAUCAUGAACUUCAUUGACAUUGUGGCCAUCAUCCCUUACUUCAUCACCCUGGGCACCGAGAUGGCUGAGCGGGAGGGCACUCAGAAAGGAGAGCAGGCCACCUCCUUGGCCAUCCUGAGAGUCAUCAGACUGGUAAGAGUCUUUCGAAUCUUCAAACUCUCCCGGCACUCUAAGGGCCUCCAGAUUUUGGGACAGACCCUCAAAGCAAGUAUGAGAGAGCUAGGUUUACUAAUCUUCUUCCUCUUCAUUGGGGUGAUCUUGUUCUCUAGUGCGGUAUAUUUUGCUGAGGCUGAAGAACCUGAGUCUCAUUUCACAAGUAUCCCCGAUGCUUUCUGGUGGGCGGUGGUAUCCAUGACCACUGUGGGCUAUGGUGACAUGUACCCUGUGACAAUUGGAGGCAAAAUCGUAGGCUCCUUGUGUGCCAUCGCUGGUGUGCUGACAAUUGCCCUGCCUGUACCUGUCAUCGUGUCCAACUUCAACUACUUCUACCACCGAGAAACAGAAGGGGAAGAACAGGCUCAGUUACUUCACGUUAGCUCCCCUAAUUUAGCAUCUGACAGUGAUCUCAGUCGCCGCAGCUCCUCCACAAUCAGCAAAUCUGAGUACAUGGAAAUCGAAGAGGAUAUGAAUAAUAGCAUAGACAAUUUUAGAGAGGCUAAUCUCAGAACUGGCAACUGCACUGUAGCCAACCAAAACUGCGUUAAUAAAAGCAAGCUGCUGACUGAUGUGUAAACAAAAAAACCAAAAUCCCCACUCACAGCUCGAAGACUUUAGUGACACGGUCACACUUUGUAGAUGCUUUACUGAUAGUCUUUGAAUGCUUUAUUUACCUCGUAAAUGCAUUGUUGCAUUGCGAAUUUUUGCUCAGCGAUAAAGAAGCUUCCAGGAUCCAUGAAAGAUAAGAUUUUCUUUAUUUUUUAAAAAGCAUUUUCCACCUGGUAAAUGAUAACCUAGUUUAGUUUUAAGCUGUACGACGCUAGACCUAAACUUUUCCUCCCCCAUGUCCCUCUCCUUUUGGAUGAAGUUAGCUUAAACUAAGCAAGACAGUUUUUAGAGCUAUAAAGCAUAUGCAUGGAUUCCAGUAAAAAUAUUCAACAAAACUGCACAGUUGCAAGAAAGUGCAUCAGAUAAUAAUAAUAAUAAAAAAAGAUUAGCAAAAACCUGCAGCAGACAUUUGCCAUGGUUUUUAUGAAGGAGCGCCAAUUUUCCUUCUGCCCCCUAUGUGAAAGAUUACAUACUUCUAAUCUGCAGAUCCACACAGCACCUUAGUAAAAACAUACUUAAGCCUGGUCUCUUUUGCUGUCCAUAGAAGAACUAUUCUAAAAGGAAAAUAGCUAACAAAACUGAAGACAAAACAUCUGCAAUGCUGCUAAGUUCUCUUACAUGCAGAUGAUUUAAACACCCUUUUCCUUUUCCCUGUCCAGAACUGGAUACAAAACUUUAAGCCCCUCUGUUGCGAGAUAGCACAAUGGAGUUUAAUAUAAGCAUGUUUGAAUUUGAUACUAUUUAUUUUAUAAUCGCAUGCCUGAAACGUUACCUCAGACAAUAGCAGAUAAGCUUUCGUUUGAACUGAAUCUUCUAAAAAUAGGUCCUUUAUCUCUCUUUUUUUCUUUUAUUUUCUUUUCUUUUUUCUUCUCUGUUCUUUUUCUUUUUGAUUUGCAUUCACCAGAAGUGCACUCCUUAAUUUAUUAAAUCAUUGACUAGUAAUUUAAAGUACUGUAUUUAAGUGCGUAUGUUAGUCAAAUGGGAACAAUAACUUUUGGAGAUCAAAGCAUGUUCAAAUAUUCAGCAUUAUGGCCUAUUUGAUUAAGGUGUAACUUGAAUUAAUUAAUGCAUGAAUUCAAUAAUUAUUAAUAAUAAUAACAAUAAUAACAAUAAAAACAAAAUUUAAAAAAAGUGCUUGAUAGACUGAGGGCCUGAAUGAAGUGAUUAGAGAAACCUGAUUGUUCCCUGCACUACUCAGGGAAACGUGUUGGCUUUUGUCCAGGCGUUGUCAGAAGGGGACAUAUCCCAUCCAUUAAAGGGAAAGCUAUAUGGAAAAUUAAGAAGUCAAGUUAUAUAUAGCAACACCUAAAACCUACUAUCCUUUAUAGUUGAAAGGUGCAGAUGCAUGCUUUUUGGUGCAUUCUCAGAAUGUAAAUGAAACUUAUCUAUUACAUGCAUCCAGAUUGCAGCAGCUGGUUUCUUUUGCGGUCAUUAAUUGAGACUUUUUUGUAUUCCCCUAAAACUCAUUGAAGAGACUCAACAGAUUAAUUUAGAUAGUUGUGCAGUGCCUUUAUCUUACAUCCCCCUAAAUUGCUGAAAGUGCCUCCAGGAACUGAACUGAUCAGAGACAGCAAAGGAAAGGGCGAGUUAUCAGCACACUGUCGGGAGUGUUCUGUGCAUCCUCUGGGCACAGAGAAUGGGGUAGAGAAAAGAAAUAAAGAAAAGAAAAGAAAGAAAAGAAGGAAA